AUGGGUUCAGUGUCUUGCUUCGACAUGAAACAUUUGCUAGACGUUGCAAUCUUGCAAGUCAUCAAAGAAUACACACAGGAGAAAAGCAGUACAUGUGGGAAGGCCUUUAGUAUCUUGUCUCAUCUCAAGUCACACCAGAGGAUCCAUACUGGGGAAAAGCCAUAUCAGUGUUCUCAGUGUGGAAAGUAUUCCAGGAGUAGCUCUGACCUCACCAAACAUCAGAUUACACAUACUGGAGAAAAGCCAUCACCCCAUCAGUGCAGUAUAUGUGGGAAGGCCUUUAGUCAAAUGUCUAACCUCAAGACACAUCAGAGGAUCCAUACGGGGGAAAAGCCAUACCAGUGCAGUACAUGUGGGAAGGCCUUUAGUAAAAUGUCAAAUCUCAAGACACACCAGAUGAUCCAUACUGGGGAAAAGCCACACCAGUGCAGUACGUGUGAGAAAGCCUUUAAUCAAUUGUGUGAUCUAAAGAAACACCAGACGAUCCAUACUGGGGAAAAACCGUACCAGUGCAGUACAUGUGGGAAGGCAUUUAGUCAAUCGUCUGGUCUCAAGUCACACCAGAGGAUCCAUACGGGGGAAAAGCCACACCAGACGAUCCAUACUGGGGGAAAGCAGUAUCAUUGUACUUCAUGUGGAAAGUAUUUCAGGGUUAGCUCAGCCCUCACCAGACAUCAGAUUACACAUACUGGAGAAAAGCCACACCAGUGCAGUACAUGUGGGAAAGGCUUUAGUCAAUUGUCUUCUCUCAAGACACACCAGAGGAUCCAUACUGGGGAAAAGCCGUAUCAGUGUACUUUAUGUGGAAAGUAUUUCAGUGUAAGCUCCAACCUAUCCAAACAUCAGAUUAUACAUACAGGAGAAAAGCCACAUCAGUGUUCUCAAUGUGGAAAGGCCUUUAAUCAAAUGUGUACUCUCAAGACACAUCAGAGGAUCCAUUCAAAUGCCCUGCUAAUACAUGAUUGAGUAUCACUUACUGAAAUAUUUCUUAAUUAGCUGAAAUUUGAACAACGUUUGAUGUACAAGAUAAAGUAUUAUUUUGUCAUAUUUAAAACGUAUGAUUGGAUAGAGAUUGAAAAAUAUAUUGUUAGGGUACAUGAAUUGAGGGGAAAAAAUAUGUAAGUGAGAGUUUGUGUGAUGGGGAUUUAUGUGUUU